AUGCAGGGGGCGCUGUUGGUGGGUAUGCCCUACGAGCUCACCCUGGAGGUGCUGCGCCACGCAGCGGGGCGCGGCGACCCGCGGUCCACCCUCAGGCUGCUCAAGAACCUGCGCUUGGUCAACAAGGAGAUGAACCACCUCGCCACCGACCUCCUCGUGGACAACUACAUAAAGCUCAUAGAGAGCGUCGUGGGGGAGAUCAGGAACAAGAUCGGUCAGGCCUGGGGCGGCAUCGUGAGCGAUGAGCGCUCGCUCGUGCUCACCCGAGUCUUUGACGAGGUGGCGGCAGCUUCGGAAGAGCUCAAGUUCUUCAAGGAGAAGGCAGAGGAAAAGAAGAAGGCGCGGACCACAAUCUUCAAGAUGGAGGGCAUAGACAACGCCACCAAGUGGCAGCUGCUCAAGGCCUGCUCGCUCGAGUCAGAGCUGCUCGGCGUCAAGGGCGUGGCGAGUGCCGUCAAGAAGAGCAAGGACGACCUCCAGGAGCGGCCGGCUUAUGGCCGAGGCGGCUUCCCCGGCCCUGACUACGAUGAUCCGUUGCGGGUGCCGCGACCUGGUGGUCCUCCCGGUGGAGCCCCGCCGAUCUUCGGAGAGCCCGACCCUGACCACAUGCGCGUCCCCGAUUGGGAAAGAGAUCGGAACCCGCCGGGGAUGCCGGGCUAUCCGGGCGGCGACCCCUUCUCUCCGUUCGGCCCCGGGGGUGAUCCCUUUGGAGGUCCCCCGGCGGGCCGUGGACGUGGUCCGCGUGGCGGCGGCGGACCGUUUGGCGGCCCCUUUGGCGGACCCGACCCCUUCAACCCGCACCAGCGCGGACCGAGAGGCCCUCGUUUCAUCUGA